CACUCUUGUUUGCUUUGAUUUGGAAUUUCUUUCGUUUUUUUUCCUCCCUUUUCCUUUCUCUCUACCACCACCACCUCCUUUUCUAAGUGCUUAAAUUUGUUUUCUUAAACACACACACACACACAUAUCUGGUGUGAAGGAGGAGCGGCUGUCUGAAGGUGGAUUUGCUAAGCGAGCUGGUUGAGAAGAAAGGACCAACUCCUCCUCUCAGGCAACCCUGCCCUCUACCAGGCACCCCGCGUUGCCAAGGACGGGAGGGACGAGCCGUUUGUUUCUCGGAAGAGAAAAGUUAAAUUCUCUAAAGUUUGAUUCACUGUUAUGGCUAUAGAGUUUACUGGAGUUUCUUGAAAGCUAUCUGGGUACCAGGAUCUGGGUUUCCGGCUUGGGAAGCUUUAGUGAUGGAUGUGACUCCAUUUCCCAAACACUUUCUCUGAUUUGAGGGGGAGGCGGAGCUGAUUUCGGUUUAUUUUGAGAGGUGGAAGGCUUGGAGACUUAUUCAUCUUCUGAAAGUCAGAGCGAGCCGGCCGGAGUUCAUUAGCGCCCAUGCUCAGCCUCCUACGAGUCUCUCUCGAUUUCCUUCUCUCCCGCACCCCCCGUCUAAGAAUUCGUUCGCGGUUUCCUGGGACGCCGGGGGUACAGUUAAUGAGAGGACCCGGGUAUGAAAGAUGCCGCCGAGCUGCUGGGCCACCGGGAGGCGGUGAAGUGCAGGCUGGGCGUGGGGGGCUCUGACCCCGGGGGCCACCCCGGGGACCUGGCGCCCAGCUCCGACCCGGUGGAGGGAGCCACGCUGCUGCCGGGCGAGGACAUCACCACCGUGGGCUCGACCCCCGCCUCGCUGGCGGUGAGCGCCAAAGACCCGGACAAGCAGCCGGGGCCCCAGGGCGGCCCCAAUCCCAGCCAGGCCGGCCAGCAGCAGGGCCAGCAGAAGCAGAAGCGCCACCGCACGCGCUUCACCCCGGCGCAGCUCAACGAGCUGGAGAGGAGCUUCGCCAAGACCCACUACCCCGACAUCUUCAUGCGCGAGGAGCUGGCGCUGCGCAUCGGGCUGACCGAGUCGCGGGUGCAGGUCUGGUUCCAGAACCGCCGCGCCAAGUGGAAGAAGCGCAAGAAGACCACCAACGUGUUCCGCGCGCCCGGCACGCUGCUGCCCACGCCGGGCCUGCCGCAGUUCCCGUCGGCCGCCGCCGCCGCCGCCGCCGCCAUGGGCGACAGCCUGUGCUCCUUCCACGCCAACGACACCCGCUGGGCGGCGGCCGCCAUGCCCGGCGUGUCCCAGCUGCCGCUGCCGCCCGCGCUCGGCCGCCAGCAGGCCAUGGCGCAGUCGCUGUCCCAGUGCAGCCUGGCCGCGGGGCCGCCGCCCAACUCCAUGGGCCUGUCCAACAGCCUGGCGGGCUCCAACGGCGCGGGGCUGCAGUCGCACCUCUACCAGCCCGCCUUCCCCGGCAUGGUGCCCGCCUCCCUCCCCGGCCCCAGCAACGUCUCCGGCUCGCCCCAGCUCUGCAGCUCCCCGGACAGCAGCGACGUGUGGCGGGGCACGAGCAUCGCCUCCCUGCGCCGCAAGGCGCUCGAGCACACAGUCUCCAUGAGCUUCACCUAAUGCCGCCGCCGCCGCCGCCGCCGCCGCCGCCGCCCGGGAGCCGGGAGCCGCCUCCCCGCCCAGACCCCGCCCGCGCCCCGGGCCUCCCGCCCCCGCCCCCCCGCGCCCCGCGCUGCCCGC